AUGGCUGACACCGAACCUACCAAGACACCAGAGCCAUCGCGUCCUGAACAGCAGGAACCCGAGCCUGUCAACAAGGAAGCCGACGCGGAACCCACCACUGAAGCAACCGACAAACCCCAACCCGAGCCUACAGAAAACACCGAAGAGAAGAAGCCAGCUGAAGCCAGCGCUGACGCAGAGGAAGAUGCCUCUGUAGACAAAGCUGAUGGCGGGGAGGGUGGCGAGGCUGCUGGUACGACCGAGCAAGCUGCCGCCGAAACAGCUGCGAACGGCUCUUCAUCUGUCUCCAAGAAGGCUGCCAAUGGCAAGCGCAAGUCGACGUCCGGCCCUGGCCAGAGGAAGCUGAACAAGAAAAAGUCAAUGAACCGGAUAUAUCACUUGGACGUACAGCCCGGAGAGACCUAUCUCGCUCGAAUGAAGAGCCAUCCGCCAUGGCCUUCCAUCGUUUGUGACGAGGAAAUGCUGCCUCCUAGCCUACUGAACACGCGUCCAGUCACUACCAAGCGAGCAGACGGUACAUACACCGAAGCCUACAGUGAUGGUGGGAAGAAAGUGAAUGACAGGACAUUCCCAGUCAUGUUCAUGUACACCAACGAAUUUGCCUGGAUCCCUAACGUCGACCUCACCCCUAUAAGCCCGGAAGACUGUAAAGACGUCUCGGAAAAGAACAAGACAAAGAACCUAAUUGCAGCUUAUCAAGUAGCUGCCGAGGGCCACGAUCUCGACUAUUUCAAGACAAUGUUGGCCGACUUCGAGCGUGCUAAAAAGGAAGACCAAGAGGAGAAGGAAGCCAAGGCUGCCGCAAAGGCCGCAAAGCAAGAGAAGAAAAAGCGAAAGAGCAUGGAAGUCGUUGAUGAGCCUGAAGACGAGGAGAUGGAGGACGCUGGGGAGAAGAAAAAGAGCUCCAAGAAACGCAAGAAGGACCUGGAGAGCGAAGGAGAACAGGAAAAGCCCGUAAAGACACCCAAGUCGGCCACAAAACUAAAGCUGACGACGCCCAAGGCUCCCAGCACUGGUGAGAAGGGUGGUAAGAAGGCUGCCAGCACCGGAAAGUCUUCUAAGGGGAAAUCCAAGAAGAAGGCCGAUGCUAGUGACGAGGAGAUAGAAACCCCCAAGGAAACUGAGAAGCCAGUCGAUCCCCAGGAGGCCAAGGCAAAGCGGGAGAAGGAGAUUCUAUAUCUUCGAUACAAAUUGCAGAAAGGUUUCCUCACGCGUGACCAAGCGCCAGAGGAAUCAGAGAUGGAGUUGAUGUCCACCUACAUUAACAAGCUGGAAGCCUACUCUGACCUCGAAGUGAGCAUUAUCCGAUCUACCAAGAUCAACAAGGUGCUCAAAGCCAUCAUCAAGCUGCCCACCAUCCCCAAGGAAGAAGAGUACAACUUCCGAGGGCGAUCUGUCCAGAUCCUAUCCAAGUGGAAGCAGCUCCUAGAAUCAGACAUACCCUCAGCAGGUGAAGGAUCUACUCCAGCUGAUAAGCCAACGUCCAACGGUGUGCACAAGAAGGGCAGAGCCGGAAAUAAAAAGGCCGAGACAAAGAAGGGACAAGAGAAGAAGACUGAAGAUGCCGAUGAAGAUACGGCUGAGCCAUCCAAGGAUGGUGACAUUUCGAUGGCUGACGCAGAUGACGAGAAGCCCGAGACCGAAAAGGAGGAGAGAGUAGCUGAGGAAGAGGAGAACGAGAAAGAGAAAGACGAGGAGGAAAAGGAAAAGGAAAAGGAAAAGGAAAAGGAAGAGGAGGCUGGCACUCCCACAAAGGACGCUGAUGCCAUGGAGACAUGA